CACAUACGUGGUGAGUAACACAGUUUCUGUCUCUCCGGUGAGGUGCAAACGUCAAAAGAUUGUCAUUUUGAAUUAUGGUUUGCUGGCCUGCUGCUUCCUGAGCUGUCAACACGGACUUUCCUCCUACUGCAGUGAAGGUGGUUUACCAUGGAGGCUACAGCCAAGUAUGACUUUGAAGCUACAGCUGAUGAUGAACUCAGCUUCAAAAAGGGAGAGCAGUUGAAGAUUUUGCAGACCACUGGGAACUGGUACAGAGCAGAAAGCAGUGGGGCUGAAGGGUUUGUGCCCAAAAACUUUAUCAGCAUUCACCUACCCAGUUGGUACCAGGAAGAAGCCAGUCGCAGCGAGGCCCAGACGAGGCUGAUGUCACAGCCCAUGGGGGCCUUUGUCAUACGCGGCAGCCAGAAGGGAGCCCCGGGUGACUUCUCCAUCUCUGUCAGACAAGAAACAGAUGUACAGCACUUCAAGGUGCUACGGGACAGGAGAGGGCUGUAUUUUUUGUGGUCAGAAAAGUUCCCUUCUCUCAACCAGAUGGUGGAAUAUUAUAAAAGGAACUCUGUCUCCAAAGAAACUCAAAUAUUUCUGCAGGAGACACAAGAACAGAUUUUCAUGCCCCAAACACAGAGAGGAAGCUCAGACAGUCUUCCAGCUCUCCCUGCUUCUCUUCUCACUCCUCCACUGUUCAACCGCCCACCUACACCCGCACCACGACAGCACAAAUCCCCUUCCACCCUGCAGGUCAGAGCUCUGUACCGUUUCCACGCUGAAGAGGCGGACGAGCUGGAGUUCAACGUCGGCGAUAUCAUCACGGUCCUGGAAUGCCAUGACCAGGCCUGGUGGAGGGGCCAGCUGAGGGGCAAGACGGGCCUGUUCCCCUCCAGCUACACCACACCCAUCAUGUAAUAUUACAGUAACUUUAUUUUAAUGACUAAUGUCUAUGCUAGUACUCGCUACUUAACCUUAAACCUGCAUUGGCUCGCAGAAGAAGGCUCAGCGUCUUGUGAAAGAAAAUAUCAGUUGUUUUCAAUAAACAUGUAGACUGAGUUAUCAGUUUACAUGUUUACAUGUUUACAUGUUGGGUUUCAUCAUAAACAUGAUCAAUUUGAUUCCAAUAAAGUUUUUUAAAGUGACCUUUAACACAUAAUACUCAGACCAAUUCCACGAUCAUGUUCCACACAACUAUGCUCAAUGUAACCAACAAUACACAAGCUAUGAAUGUAACCACAAUAACUACUUUUGUUGAAAUGUUUUAUUUUUAAUAAAACGAUGAUGAGCAUUA